CUGGUUGUCUGACUAGUGCAGUUCUGAAAUCCAUCUCCUAGAAGUGGAAGCAGUUAAGGAGGUGACAGUUAGGGCCUCCCACACCAUCACAGGAUGCUGCUCAGAGGUCUUUUGAGUGUUCUAUUUGCAAUUUGUGGAUUCACUAUUGCUGAAAACACAGGAAAUGGAACAAGCCAGUCUGUCAAAGACUCUCCCCCUCUACUACUUGUAUCGUUUGAUGGCUUCCGGGCAGAUUACCUGAAACAAUAUUCCUUUCCAAAUUUGCAGAAGUUUUUUGCUGAUGGUGUGCUUGUAGACGACGUGACCAAUGUUUUUACCACCAAAACCUUUCCUAAUCAUUACAGUCUUGCCACAGGACUAUAUGCAGAAAGCCAUGGCAUUUUAGCUAGUCACAUGUAUGAUCCAGAAACCAAGAAAGAGUUUUCAGUUGCAAACGAUACAGACCCGUUCUGGUGGAAUGAGGCUACUCCUAUUUGGUUGUCCGUUCAAAAUGCUGGUUUCAAAUCAGCUGCUGCCAUGUGGCCAGGCACAGACAUAAAGAUUCAAAACCAGACCGCAACUUAUUUUCUGAAGUACAAUUCACAUGUUAAUUUUGAAGAGAGGUUGGGAAACCUUACCAAAUGGCUGACUGAGGACAAGUCAGUCCGGAUUGCCAUUCUGUAUUGGGAGGAACCAGAUCGAUCAGGCCAUAUGUAUGGCCCAGAAAACACAACGCGCAUGUCAAAGGCUCUGAAGGAGGUGGAUGACAACAUAGGUCUGCUAAUGGAUCAGCUCAACCGGACAGGGCUGUGGGACAAAAUAAAUGUCAUAGUGACCAGUGACCAUGGCAUGGUCCAGUGCUCAGACAAAAAACUCAUUGAUUUAAACACGUGCCUCAACUCCAGUGUAUACACCGUGGUGGACCUCACACCUGUGGCUGCAAUCAGACCCCUGAAUGAUUAUUCAAGUGUAUACAAUAAACUUAGAAAAUGUCAUCCCAACAUGAAAGCUUACUUGAAAGCUGAAAUGCCAGAAAGAUUGCACUAUAAAAAUAAUGAAAGAAUUCAGCCCAUUAUUUUGGUGGCAGAUGAAGGUUGGACCAUUGUCCUGGAUGGGAAACUUCCAAGGUUGGGUGACCACGGUUAUGAUAACUCUCUAGCCAGUAUGCACCCUUUUCUGGCGGCCCAUGGACCUGCUUUUCGAAAGGGAUACCGGCAGCAAAGCAUGAACAGUGUGGACCUCUACCCUCUCAUGUGCAAAAUUCUGGGCAUUCUUGAGAUGCCUAAUAAUGGUACCUUCAACAAUGUACGAUGUAUGCUAGUCAACCAGACCUGUACAGAAUUGGCUGUUGUGGUGGGAAUCGUUAUUGGUGUCCUUAUACUCCUUACCACCCUAACCUGCCUCUUCCGACUGAUGAAGGUCAGAGAUAUGUCUUCAUCACGGCCAUUUGCUCGGUUGGAGUUGGAGGAAGAUGAUGACGACGACCCAUUGCUUUCCUAA